GUGGACUGCGGGAAUGGUGCCGUAACAUCUGGAUCUUCUUUCAUGUGCUAGCCAAUCACGUCGCUUUCAUUUCAUCCUAUUCCCUUAAAAAGUACAUUGACCUUCGUCGUCGGAUCCGCGGACCAGCUGCACAGCGAUCACUUGCCGAUUUCACGGCUUCUAGCAUGGCGGCUGUGCUUGUCAACCGCGACCUCUUGCAUCUCGUGAGUUCUUUCCAGGACGGCGUCUACCCAUCUCUAUUGCGCGCCGCGUCGCUGCUCAACGCCAUUCCCUUCUUGCCCAGCGUCUUGUACCGUACAAAGAUCGCCGUCUCGGUCGCGACGCUUUGCCAGCUCGGCGAGGACGUGGCGCCCGUCCUUGACGACCCGAGGAGGCUCUUGGCGUGCCAGCCGCAUCUUCACGUGCUCGUCGCGGCGCACGCAUGCUGCAUUGGCCAUGAAGCGACGCUUGCGGCCUUUCUCGCGCACGCCCAACCCAGCGCCAAGCUACGCGGGCGGCUCCUCGAUCUCGCCGCCGCUUGCAACCACGUGUCGCUCGUGCAUCUCUUGCUGGAAGCGCAAAGCACGCCGCGUGAAGGUCUCGUGCUGGCUGCCGACCAUGGCCAUCGCGCGCUCGUCCCGUUGCUACUCCCCGUCUGCCUGUCGUCUGUACCGACCGCGCUCGAGGCCGCGGCCGCGGCCGGUCACUUCGAUAUUGUAUGCUUCCUCCACACGCGCAGCCAGCUCGACCUGCGGGCGUCGCGCGCGCUGGACAAGGCUGCGAUGCAUGGCCAUCUGGACGUUGUCCGGUACUUGCAUGGCCACGGCUACCGUGCGACCAGCGCGGCCUUGGACCUCGCUGCGACGCACGGCCACCUUGCCACCCUCUCGUAUCUGCACGCGGUCCGCACUGAGGGCUGGUCCCGUAAAGCCCUGGACGGGGCGGCAGCCAACGGGCACUUGGCUGUCGCGCAGUAUCUCCACGCCCACCAGCCCAACAUUCUGUGCUCGCCGAGCGCGCUUCGCAUGGCCAGUGCGAACGGCCACCUCGAGAUGGUGCGGUAUCUUUACGUGUCGGCGCCAUCAGCGGUGCUAGCCGACGGUAUCGACUAUGCAGCGGCCAACGGCCAUCGCGGGAUUGUGUCACUACUCCUCGCUCAGGAUGACGCGACCUUUAGCGCCGCCGCCAUCACCGAAGCGGCGCGCCACGGCCAUGGCGAUCUUUUGGCAAUGCUUUUGAAGCGAGCGCCGUCGCUUGUCACGGACACUGCACUCGUGGCGGCCGCGGCCAAGGGCCACAUCGAGGUCGUACACGCGCUUCGGGUGGCCGCGCCACAGCUACCCGUCGACAAGGCGUACGUGGCGGCCGUGACAGCUGGGCAUACCGUACUCGAAGCGCUUCUCGCCCCUUGCGUGUCUGCGUCGACGCAAGCGAUCGCACUGGAACGCGCGGCGGCACACGGACACCUCGCGCUCGUCAAGGUUCUCUUGGCCGUCGUGGCGCCAUCAAGUUUGUCGGUGAAAGCAUUGGAUGCUGCCGCCGCGGGCGGUCAUAUAUGUGUCGUCGCUGCGCUGCAUGCGGCAGGGGCACCGUGCUCGACACAGGCGCUCGACAGCGCGGCGCGUCAAGGUCAUCUGCAGGUCGCAUCGUUUUUGAUCCAGCAUCGCACAGAAGGCGCUUCGAUGGAGGCGUGGGACGGCGCAGCCCGGCGCGGCCACCUUGCGAUGCUCCAGCUGCUGCACCGCCACGUCUUUGUCCGUGGUGGGUCCUUCAAUGCCCUUCCGGAUGCGGCGCGGCUCGGCCAAACCAAGGUCAUCCGCUACUUGAUCGAGCAGGAUGCAGCGCAUUGCGCGCUUCUCGCCGACGCCCUCACCAACGCCACCGCGCACGAGCACGACGCGGUCGCCGCGUACCUUCGCCAAGUGAUUAGCGCCCUGCGAUGAUAGAAGUAGCCGAAUAUAGUUACCGAGUCGGUAGGGCCCCUUUUAGUAAAUCUUUCAUUAUUGUCUCUAGUACAUGUUAGCGGCGCA